UAUUAAUACUGAUAUUUAUGUUGUAGUUUUUUAAGUUAAGUAACUUGUAAUCUGUAAAUCAGAUGCACCCUGUGGUAGGAACUGGAUCGUUCAGAACAAGAUUUGGCCUGAAGCAGUGCCUGUUGGGAUUGUCACGUUAAUAACGACAAGAUACUUCUACCACUAAUAUAUACAAGAGUUAACAAGGAAGAGCUACUCCACAGCUAGAGUCUGAUCAGCUGGUAUCAGCAAAGAAAACAGACAAAUUAAGGUGAAGAUGGAGAGAGAUUCAGAGAGAGGCUGGACAACACUCAUCAACUAACUCAACGGCUUCAAUAAAAAAGUACCCCCCACUGAUCCUGAUUACUGAGUGACCAGGCCUCUGCUGUUGUGAUGUUAAUCCUGGCCGUCAUCACGGGGAUUAUAAUAUGGCGGGUCAUCAUCUACUGCCAGCAAGACAAGGAGGAGGAGACUCAGCCGGUCUCCAUGAAGAAGAAACUGAAGCAGACGGUAGUCAAGUACAAAAUCUACAUAGCCAUUGGGAGCUUCAUCUCUUCCAUUAUCGGGGGACUCUGGAUCUACUUCAUGUACAUACACCCUCUCCUGGGCCACAAAAUUACCUUCCACCUCGAGGCUCGCUGGGAGAUCGGCCCACAGGAAUCAUGGGCUGCCCACUUCGAGAUGCUGACCGGUACUGAGAAAGAACCAGAACCCAAACCUUGCCCACAUUUCUCCAAGGAAAACUUCAUACACAUUAUAAAAACCUUUAACAAUAUUUCCUCUGACAAAUCCUUACAUAAGAUACUGGGGAAGAUUCAGGUAUCCAGGCCAGCUGGUGUGUCUGAAAUGUAUGACGAUAGCAGCAGCUACCCCGUGAUAAUCUUAGAAACCUCUGUCUAUAAUUACCAAACUGUCCGGCGAUUCAUACAGAACAGAGAACAGGUCCUGAUACAGAAAUUCCCCAACGUGAAGCUCCUGGUGUACGACAUGGGGCUGACAUUUCAACAGAAGUACAAGCUGUUGAACUGUAGUCAGUGUGAGAUCGUGGAGAACCUGCCGGAGAUCCGUGCCCACUACUGGACCCCCCUCCUGGUCUACCUCUCCCUCCAGAGGUUUAACUCAGUUGUGUGGUUAGACCCCGCGUCAGACCUCGACAACAAAACCCUACAGAAAAUCCUAGAGAAAACCGAAACAGAGGAAAUUCAGAUUGUGCUCAAAAAGGAUCCUCCAAGAAAAUGGUCCGAAUCACAGAUUCUCAAAACUCUGACCAAUCAGCAAGACCAAUCAUUUGACAUUUUACUGAAGGAAGAUGGGACUGAAAACAUAAAAACUUACCGGACAGAAGAAUUUCUACCUGAAUCUCAAGUGGCCCUUAUUCAGGACAAAUUGUCUUAUAGAAGCAAUCAGGCGUGCCUGAAUUUAGUGCCAAACAUUCACUCUGACCUUAUUUCAAUCAAGCAGAACAAUUUUACAAUGGAGGCCAUUGUGCGACCUUGGGUGUUCUGUGCUCUGUCAGGUCAGUGUGUAACCCAUGACAACUGUCAGCCAUUUUAUUCUUACAAUUACAGGAAACAUGGACCCUGUGAUCAGACUGAUCAUAUUCUUAAGAGGAUCUUACUGUCUCUGUUUAAUGAUAUGUUUGCCAAUUUUUACUACAACAAUUGAGGAUUUAAUUGUCUCUGUUUAAUGAUAUGUUUGCCAAUUUUUACUACAACAAUUGAGGAUUUAAUUGUCUCUGUUUAAUGACAUGUUUGCCAAUUUUUACUACAACAAUUGAGGAUUUUAUUGUCUCUGUUUCAUGAAAUAUUUGCCAAUUUUUACUACAACAGUUGAGGAUUUUAUUGUCUCUAUUUUAUGAAAUGUUACAAAUGGAUGUGGUGCAAUGUGUGUUUUUGAUGUAUGUAACUAAUAUUUAUUUAUUUAUUUCACACAUUUUUUUUAAUUUGAAUUUGCUCUAUUAUUUAAAAAAAAACCAAUUACAUAGAAAGAUAGAUAGUCUCUUUUCCAGUACAAGUUUAGCCACAUAAACACAGUUUUGUUUAAUUUCUCAAUGACGGUUUCUCAAGAACUUCAUGUCAUCAUGAAAUUAUAAUAAACAAUAGACAGACAAGAUUUAUUAGAAUGUUAGCAAAAGGAAGGAACUUGAUCAUCAAAGAAAGUUUGCAAUUUCUUAAUUUAAUUCAUCAGAGAUUUGAUUUAUGCAUCUUAACACUAUAAUGAAUCCUAAAACAGAUUCUAUUCCAAGCAUCAAAUAUUUAAUUUGUAGCAAAUAUCCUUAAUAUAUAAAA